AUGGUUUCUCCAAAAACUCACGAUGUUUCUGCUUAUUACGAUAAGAGUCAACUAGAUCCUUAUGUUAAGAAGCAAAAUGCUAAGUUAAUACAGGUUAUACAAAAUUUCUUUACAAAGUCAGUUCAAAUCAUCCUACAGUCUCGACUGUUUAGUGAUUCUGACAUUUCGUUGGAGAACAAUCCCCAUGUAAAAGUAAAUAAAUGGUUUAAUAUGCAUAUGUCUAAUAAUUUAGACACUUUAAAAGAUGAUUUGAAAUUAUGGAAGAACUUUACUGAGGUUAAUAAAGUUCCGCCAAUGAUCAUUGAAACCUACUUGGACUUACGUCAAACUAGCUCUCGUGAUACAGUCAUGCUAAAGGAUGAUAAUGAUAAUCGCUGGACUGUUGCCAAAGGUGGAGGUAAGAAACAAGAGGUUGUUUUAGAAAGAUGGUUGAUUGAGUUUGAUCGUAAUGAUGUUUCUGGUUCUUUUAUAGAUGAAUUACCACUUAUUUAUAAACAAGCUAUUAUUCUAUUCAGAAGCUUAUACGCGUUUACCCGUUUAAUGCCAGCUUAUAAAUUGAAAAAAUCUUUGAGUCAAUCAAAAUCUAAAAAAUCUUUGAUUAUAGGUAAUAAAGUUUUAGAUGGUAAUCAUCCAAUCAGUUCAAAAGGUAGAAUUGGUUUGUCAAAAUCGAUCAUUCCUCAUCAAAUGUUAACUACAGAAUCUCAUAUGAGUCAAAAACACUUUUCCCCAAUUCAAACUACUUUAGGUACUCUUAAAAUAUCAAUUGCUUAUAGAAAUCACUAUGAUUUUAUUACAAGUGAUAAUGAGGUGGUUUUAUCAAAUCAUUUCGUAAAUAUGGACGAAAAUCAUGAUCAAAAAGUUGAAGAUAAAGUUGAAGAUCAUGAAGAAUUGGCUAAUGAUUUGGCAGAUGAUAUAAAUAGAGAGCAUUUGAAACCAGAUUCUCAAAAACAACAAAAGAGAUCUUCCCUCAAUAGUAAUUCAUCACUUUCACCUAGUACUUCGAACAAUCAAUUGAAUGAUGAUCAAAAUGUUUCAAAGAGAGCUAACGUCCAAAGACCUACAAUUCAACCUUUUAAAAUUGGAUCAAUUAGUAAUUCUCCACCAUCGCAUACGGGAGGAGGGUCUUUAUUAGAAAGAAGAAUUUCCAUUACUAGCAAUAAGUCGACUUCCAAUGCAUCUCUAGCGGCCCUUUUAAGAAACCCAAGAGGAAGUACUUCGUCUAACAGUACUACCAACAAUAUCCCAAUAGCAAAUCAAAACACCGUAUCUUUCCCUAGAUCGAUUCUGUCAUCUCAUGGAUCUCAAUUACCUCAUGAUGAAUUGAAUUCACCAUUUUCUAAUCCAGAAAGUAUUACUAAUACUCCAAGGUUUUCAUCAUCUUUUGGUUCCAGGGCUAGUAGAAGGUUUUCUAAUUCUAGUAUCAAACAUACGCCCCUGCAAGAUACUAAUAUUUUGGGAAGUAGCGUUGGGCUGACAUCUUCUGGAGCUCCAUUAAGUGGAUUAUAUAUUGAUGACGAUAUUAGUGAUUUUGUUAAGAUGAUUGAUAGUAAAUCUGAAUUAAGAUUUUCAAAUCCUGGGUCUAAAUUAUCAAGUUCUAAAUUAUCACCACCAUCUCAAGGCUCAAAUAGUCAGUUAGAUGCUUUGAAUAAAUUUCAAUUAUUGAAAAAUCAACAUCAACAAUUAGGUGAUAGUGUUAGUGCCAGCUUAAUUUUACAACAUAAUCAAGUUAAUAAUAGCCGACCAUCCAGUCGCAAAUCAUCGCAUUCCAUCUACUCUCCGUCACCUUCGUUACAAUCUAAUUCUCUAGAUAAACAUGCACCUUCAAUCAAUUCAAGAUUGAAAGACCCUACUCCCGAAUCUCAUGAAAGUAUUGGGUUGUCCCGUAAAAACAGUCAUAAUGCAUCUUUUUUGAAAUCAUCUUCCACUCACAAGUUACUGUCGACUCCAGUUACUUCUACCACGAAAACUCAUGCUGUGCAUCAUAAAUUGAAUGAAACCCGUGCUGGAAGCAAUGAUGCCAAAACAGUUAGCGGGAUGGCCACCACCCCUUCCGCUUAUAAGGCCAUUCAUUAUGAGAAUGUUUUCGAUGAUGACGAUGACGAUGGAGAAGAUUAUUAUUUAUCGAAUCAAAGCAAAAAACAAAGUCAGUCACCAUCAUUGAAGAACAAUCAGUCAAAUCAUGAGGAUGAAGAGGAUGAUGAUUUACUAUUCACUAUGAGUGACAUGAAUGUUACUAAGUAG